CAAGCAGCUCAACUUCAGUUUCGAUAGUGAUCUGCCAUCCGAUUGCCCCAUCCAGCCCUCCCUCCGACCCAUCCAUCUAUUCCAGCAGAUUAUUGCCCUCUGAACCCGCCGCCAAGUCUGGCCUUCCCUUCCGGUGGCUCACACCUUCCGCCCCAUUGGUGGCCUUUGGGGUGUGCUCGCGCUUCUUGAGCCUACCUAGGCCAUCGUUCGGCCGGUUGGUCGGCCGUUGAGCGGGGUCUCUGACGAGUUCUCUUGAUUAGACGAGGGCAGUCGGUCAGGAUGCGCGCCUCACCCGUAGACCCUUAGAACAUCACUCCUCUGGUCACCCCCAUUAAUAGUCCGCCUUAUCUGUCGGUGGGUGGGUGAGACAUCGGGUCUGCGUGGGUCGAGGGCGUGUUCGGCGGCGCUCACUGGGUUGAAGGGGAGCCCGUCAGGACUGAGGAUUGUUGAUGAUGGAAGAAAGCCAGUGGCACAACUGGGAAAAGACCGGCCAAACCGAAUUCGGUAAAUUGUUCCAACGAGGCGUGACGGCCUGGACCAAUGCGGGCCGCCCGCCCAAUGUGGACCUGGGUCUGAAGCGUCUGGUUUAUGACUUGGUGGUCCGAUGCAUCCGCGAUCAAGGUGUCAAACGCGAUCAUGUGGUCCAAUUCAUCGGCGAAAAGUGCGUGUCCCACGCUGAAUUAUCCAAUAUGUGGGUAGACGUGUUCGCCCUCUUGGACAACGAAACUAGUUUGAUGGCCAAGGACCGACGCGAAGAACGCGAGCGAUUCGUGCGAUUGUUCCGCGAGGCCGAGAAGUAUCUGUCCACCGGUCAUCUCAAGGAGCGUAUCGAGGUCUUGGAGACACUGGAGGACAUUGGUGUGCUCAAAUCCACCAAGAAGUUCUUCACAUCCAUGAUUAAGCUCAAGACGAAAUUGUUUUACAAGCAGCAGAAGUUCAAUCUCUUUCAUGAAGAAUGCGAGGGCUUCGCCAAGCUGCUCACUGAGCUCAACCAGGACCUGACCACGGUCUCGCCCAAAGAAGUGCUCGAGACCAUCAAAUCUAUCAUCGGCUACUUCAACCUGGACCCUAAUCGCACUUUGGACAUCAUCCUCGAGUCCUUUGAAUGUCGCCUCGAGCAUCACCGGUUCUACAUCCACCUAUUGCAAGAGUUCGUGCCAGAUCCACAAACAUUGAACGAGCUCCUCGCUUUCAAAUACAAAUUCUACGAGUCUGAGUGCGUGGAUAAUGGCGGUAAAAUCCCCGAAUCUCUGUUCACCGUCACGGCUUUGCUCAUCCAAUAUGACAUCCUCGAUAUGGACACGAUCUAUGGGAUGCUUAAGCCUGAUGAUGCGGAGAUUGAAUCCGAAUCCGAUGUGGGCAUAAAAGACGCUAGAGAAUUUGUCCGAAAAAUGAACGUUGUCUCUACCAACAAGGGAGACAAGCCGGACCUGACCAUGGCCGAUUUCCAGGCCAUCGCAGCAACCUAUGACGCCAACCAGAAAUUGGGUCUAAUUGAGGCCUUUCUCCGAGUCGGGGCGUGGACACAUGCUGAAAAGCUCAUGAAUCGGCUACCACCAUACUUUGCGGUCUCGCAGGAACCGAUCGCUAAAGCGCUCCAGAGACUCGUUCAUCUCACGAUUCAACCCUUGGUGCAAAAAUGUAGCAACAAAUCGUACAAGACCUUCUCGAGCGAUCUCAUCCCGUCAUCCAAUCAAUUCUCGCCCAUUCUUGUGGACACGUUUGAGCAAUUCAAAACGGUGGUAAUGCCAAUGCUCAUGGAGCUGGGACCUCACGCUAGCUCGGAUCUAAGCCUAUUAUACAAGAUCAUGCGGAUCCUUAAAGCUGACCUGAAAACAACCUUCGACGAGACGGGUCGGGAUCGAGAGAAAACGGCCGAGUUCAGUGUUUCCCCGGAGUCGUGCUGCCUCUAUUAUGAGACCAUCACAUUAACGGAUGCUGUUCUUCUGCCCUCGUUGUCUUUGGCGGAGAGCAAUUGCUGUUUAGCCGAGGAGAUCUGGAGUGUUCUUCGCGUGUUCCCCUAUCACGUCAGAUAUCAUUUGUUCGGUCAGUGGAAGGCCAACACCUACGAUGCACAUCCCUUGCUUUUGCGGAAGAAGGCCAUCACACUCAAAGGCAUUAAGCGUAUCAUGCAGAGAAUCAGCAAAGAAAAUGUCAAGCCCACCUCACGACUGAUUGGGAAAAUCACCCACAGCUCGCCCGGAUUGGUGUUUGAAUAUAUCUUGAGCCAAAUCCAAUUGUACGACAACAUGAUUACGCCGGUGGUGGAUUCCCUCCGGUAUCUGACCUCGCUCUCCUUUGAUGUUUUGGGCUAUUCCAUCAUUGAAGCAUUGAAUAACCCCGAGAAGGAUCGAACCAAACACGAUGGGACGAGCAUUUCCCUGUGGCUCACCUCUUUAUCCAACUUUUGUGGGGCCGUGUACAAGAAGUACAACAUCGAGCUCACCGGCCUCCUCCAGUACGUGGCCAAUCAGCUGAAAAACAAACACAGUCUGGACUUGCUGAUCAUGAAGGAAGUGGUCCUCAAAAUGGGUGGGAUCGAAGGGGCAGAGGAGAUGACUUCGGAGCAAAUCGAUGCCAUGGCUGGCGGAGAACUGUUGCGACAAGAGGCCGGUUCGUUCACUCAGAUCAAGAAUACGAAGAAGAGUUCGCAGCGCUUAAAAGACGCAUUGAUUGAUCAUGACCUGGCGGUUCCGUUGUGUCUGCUCAUGGCACAACAGAGAAACUGUGUGGUGUAUCAGGAGACUGAAGAUUCCCACUUGAAGUUGGUUGGAAAACUCUUUGACCAGUGCCAAGAUACGUUGGUUCAGUUUGGCACCUUCCUCGCGUCCAAUCUGUCGAUUGACGACUACACUCGGCGAUUGCCUCCCAUUCAGACUCUGCUAUCACGGUAUCAUGUAAAUCUCGACCUGGCUUUCUUCUUGGCCAGGCCCAUGUUCAACCAUCAGAUCUCACUACAAUACGAGAACAUCCGAAAGAACGAGAAACAUCGAUGGAAGACCAUCUCGGAGAACGAGAAACAAAAUCUUUACGUGGCUGCCACCACCGAUGUUAUGACACCUAUCACGGAGGCCAUCCGUCCUUUGCACUCCGUCAAGAUUUGGGAUGACAUCUCGCCACAGUUUCUAACCACCUUUUGGUCACUCACGAUGUACGACUUGUUUGUUCCCGAGGAUGUUUAUGGAAAAGAGAUCCAGAAAUUAGUGCUUGCUCCGUCCAAGGUGGAUGAUAACAAGGAGCUGAACUCUUCGAGAAAAAAGAAGGAGAAAGAGCGACUUCAUAACAUGUUGGAGAAGAUCCAGGACGAGCAAAAGAAGCAGAAGGAUCACGUGGAACGCGUCAUGGCCCGGCUGAAGACCGAGAAGGACUCUUGGUUCUUCUCGAGAUCCGCACGCUUGGCCAAGAAUGAAACCAUCACCACAUUUCUCCAGCUGUGCUUGUUUCCACGAUGCAUCUUUACGGCUAUUGAUGCCAUCUACUGUGCCAAGUUCGUGCAAGUGAUCCACAUGCUCAAAACGCCCAACUUCUCAACCUUGAUUUGCUUUGACAGAAUAUUUUGUGAUAUUACCUACACCGUCACAUCAUGCACAGAGAACGAGGCUCAUCGGUAUGGUCGCUUCCUUGCAGCCAUGCUGGAGCUGGUCAUGAAAUGGCAUUCGAAGAAGGAGAUCUUCGACGAGGAGUGCGUUGGUUACCCGGGGUUUGUGACCAAAUUCCGCGUGGCUCAGACCGAACAAAAGCCCGGAGGGGGUCCCGGAGAUUCCGUGGAUUACGAGAAUUAUCGCCAUGUUUGCCACAAGUGGCAUUACAAAAUUGCCAAAGCCCUUGUUGUUUGUCUGGAAUCAAAGGACUACGUCCAGAUUCGGAAUGCUUUAACGAUCCUUUUCAAAAUUUUGGGAUUCUUUCCCAUGCUUCUCCCUCUGGCUGGAGUGCUUGAGAGGCGCAUAGAAAAGGUGGUUGAGGAGGAAAAAGACAAACGCAUGGAUUUGUGCAUCAUGGCUCGAAGUUAUCAAGGACAGCUCAAGGCCAAGCGACCGCAUAUGAUGCUUGAACGAGACUUUCACAUCCCAAAAGAAGGCAAAGGAGGUGCGGGUGGUGGUCCUAAGGAAGGGGGAGAUAACACAGCUAACGACAAUAGCACCAAAACCUCGGGUGGCAAAUCGGCCAAGCCCGAGGAAUCACGCCUCUCCUCAGAAAGAUCGUCCAAGAGCCGAAGCCAAAGUCGAGAGAAUUCGCUCUCUCGAAGCAAUGACGAACCAGCCUCAUCGGUCUCAUCUGGAGGCGGAAAGUACAAGAAAAAUCGGGACCGAGAUUCCAAGGAACGCAGUCUCGGACGGGAUUCCAGCUCCAGGGAGCGGUCGCGUGAACCCAAGACUCGCCAUUCCUCCAAAGAUCGGGAGAGAAGAGAAGAGAUGGGACCUCCGCAAUCCUCUACUUCUCAUCGUCGCAGUGCAGAGUCUGAAUCCAUGGAACGAGAACUGAAACGCCGCAAGCCCGAGGACGAAAGCGGUCGCCGGUUCAAGGACCGAUCCCGCGAAAGGAGCGAGGACAGCGAUCAAGGCGAGCUGACCCCACCUCCCAAAAAGGAAAAGUCCUCGUCCAAAAGCGACCGGAAACGCGAACGCGACGAAAUGGUUGCGGCGAAUGCGUCCUCUAUAGACAACAACGGCACGAUUCUCAAGAGAAGCAAGAAGGAGGAUCGGGAGGGUUCAUCCUCAAUGUCUUCGCAUCGACAUGGAGCAGAGAAUGGUGGGGACGAGAUGGCCAUAGCGGAUCGGAAAUCCGGUCGGGCCAACUCACGUCGAGGUGGCGGUGAACCAUCCAAACGCAAGUCGACCUCCUAACGUUACGUGUGUUGUAAGAUAUGUACAAUCUGUACCCCAACAAAUCAACACGCAUUUACUUUGCCAAUGGCCCGUGUGUGUCGAUGAAAAUGUUGUUUUUUUUGACGCUUCAUGGUGAAUUAAAAUGCUUCAUUCGGAUCGAAUCAAAUCAAUAAAGAGUUUCGUUAACAUCUCGCAUGAACUGCUGCCAUCAUCAUCGUUAGGGCAUUUUUAUUAGUCGUCUCAAAUUUUCACGUCUUGAAAUCACCUUUAGUGGUACAACAAUAGCUCACGUCGACAAGGCUUCGUCAAACUAAAAUUCAGACAAAAAUCUGUGUGUGAUUGUACUCUCAAAUUCUUGAAAUCCUUCUGGAUCGACUCAUCCGGGUGGUUUCAUCAGUGUUUGUAAGUCGUGUGGGCCCCUACCUUGAACCGGAAUCCCAGUGGAUGAAUCUCUUGACCCCCACUGUGGGCCCUAUUUAAGAGCAAUCGUCUUAGCAACGGAGUUCAUUCCAAGUUAAGCGUUGAUCAAGCAUGUUACAAACCACGAUCGCUUCAGUGCUUGGAGCACUUCUCGUACUUUCCAGUAGCUCCAACGCCAAAACAAAUUUCA